AUGGAAGAGGACGAACAAAAGCUCCGCGACGAGACCGACGCGUAUCGUCAGGCCUGCAAGCGGGUCAAGACGUCUUUGUCGAAUAAGGCGGCGGGCUAUCUGGAAGUCCUGAAAGCUGAGAGGCGGAAUCUGGACAAGGAGAUUGGCGAGAUCCAACACGUGGCUGAGCGCACUCGGGAGAGACGUCAGGAGGAACCGUCGGCUUCCGACUGGGAGUGCCAGAUGUGCUUCCGGAGGUGGGGCCCCGAUACGCGGCAGGCGGCUCUCAGCUGCGGCCACGCAAUCUACUGCCGGUCGUGCCUGGAAACGUACUUUACGACUCCCGCAGCGCGCCAAACGAGGGGCGAGGAGCAGUCUGACGAUGAGGCGGAGAAAGACGCCUAUCGGUGCCCUCUGGGCUGUGACAUCGGUAGCAACACGGCUCUUUUGGAGUUGUUUUUGUAG